AUGUCUUCCUCGCCCUCGUCCCCCGCCGAGGCCGUCUCCCACAUCGCCGACAAGAUCCCCUCGGCCCAGGAAGCCAAAGAAACCGCCCAGGCCGCUGCCCCCGCGGCGCAGUCGUCGCUGCUCUCGCAGCUGCGCGCCCUCACGGCCGGCGGCUUCGGCGGCAUCUGCGCCGUCGUCGUCGGCCACCCGUUCGACCUGGUCAAGGUGCGCCUGCAGACGGCCGAGCGCGGCGUCUACUCCAGCGCCAUUGACGUGGUGCGCAAGUCGGUCGCGCGCGAUGGCCUCAGACGGGGCCUGUACGCCGGCGUGAGCGCGCCGCUGGUUGGCGUGACGCCCAUGUUCGCCGUCUCCUUCUGGGGCUACGAUCUCGGCAAGCAAAUCGUCGGCGCCACGUCGACCAUUGGCCCCGACGGCCUCUCGACCGGCCAGCUCGCCGCCGCCGGCUUCCUCUCGGCCAUCCCCAUGACGGCCAUCACGGCCCCCUUUGAGCGCGUCAAGGUCAUCCUGCAGGUCCAGGGCCAGAAGCAGCUCGCGCCCGGCGAGAAGCCAAAGUACAGCGGCGGCCUCGACGUCGUGCGCCAGCUCUACCGCGAGGGCGGCCUGCGCUCCGUCUUCCGCGGCAGCGCCGCCACCCUCGCCCGCGACGGGCCCGGCAGCGCCGCCUACUUCGCCGCCUACGAGGUCAUCAAGCGCAAGCUGAGCCCGACGGACCCCGAGACCGGCAAGCCCACCGGCCAGCUGAGCCUGACGGCCAUUACCUGCGCCGGAGCCGGAGCCGGCGUGGCCAUGUGGAUUCCCGUCUUCCCCGUCGAUACCGUAAAGUCUCGUCUGCAGACCGCCGAGGGCAACGUCACCAUUGGAGGCGUCAUCCGCGAGCUGUACGGCAAGGGCGGCUACAAGGCCUUCUUCCCUGGCUUUGGACCGGCGCUUACUCGCGCGGUGCCUGCGAAUGCUGCUACGUUCUUGGGCGUUGAGUUGGCGCACCAGGCUAUGAACAAGAUGUUUGGUCCGAAAUAGAUGAAUUCUUUUUUUGUUUAAUGAGCUAGCUUUCUUUUUUUUUUACUGGGAGUUUUAAUCUUUCCUUUUCUUAUUCAUGGAACUCAUGGCAAAUCAUUGUUUUUUUUUCUACCUUAUAAAGGGAAUUUUGGACUGGGCAAAGAUAAAAGUAACGGCAAGGUGGAAAGAGAGAGAGGAUAUAUAUGUAUGCACUCAUGACUGUUCACCGGAUUUAUUUUCCCUCUUUUUUUGUGAGAGGGAGUUGUGGAAAGGGCAUUUUAGACGGUUGCUGUUUAGAUACUCAUCCGUAGACAAGAUA